GGCCCGCCUCCGGGAACACGCACUUCCGGCGACGCCUUGCCCCUGACAGCCUCUGAGCAGGGCAGAGCCCCAGAAGCCCAGCCGAACGCCCAGGAUCGCAGCCCAGCCCGCACAGCGCCAUGGAAGGCCGGGUGCAGCUGAUGAAGGCCUUCAUGUCCUGGCCCAUCCGGCGCUCUAGACGUCGCUGGAGGAACCCGAUCCCCUUUCCCGAGAUGUUUGACGGCGACACCGACCGGCUCCCGGAGUUCAUCGUGCAGACCGGCUCCUACAUGUUCGUGGACGACAAGACCUUCUCCAGCGACGAGCGCAAGGUGACGUUCCUCAUCACCCGCCUCAAGGGCCCGGCCCUGCAAUGGGUGAUCCCCUACAUCGAGAAGGACAGUCCCCUGCUCAGCGAUUACCGCGGCUUCCUGGCCGAGAUGAAGCGGGUGUUUGGAUGGGAGGAGGACGAGGACUUCUAGGCGGCGAGCCGCUGGGGCCUGGGCUCCUGGAGGGUGGGCUGCGGCUGCGCCCUCACCGCCACCAGCCGCCCCGGCGCCCUCCCUCCCCGGCGCCUCCCUCCCCCUCGAGUCCCCGCGCGCUCCGCUCUCCCGUGCGUGCACCUGUCCCCUCCCGCGUCGCGUCGUGCUUGCCUUUGUUCCAGGAAUAGCGCUCCAGGCUCCCGCUGCUCUGGCCUCUGGGCCUGGCUCUGGAGCACAGGCCUCCCCGGGCUGACAGCUCAGCCCCUCCCGUGCACAUUUGGACUCUGGCCUGGGCUCCAGCAAGAUGAGCUCCCGUUACAUACUGCACACACCGCUGCCAGCUGUCUCCUGCCACACCAACGGACUGCACCCAUCUGCCCACACGCCCGCCCUGCCGCUGCCGCGGACACCCGCCAUCCCUGCUGGACCCUGCUGCUCCUAGUCAUCUGGACUUCCCUUGGAGGUACCUGAGCUGCCCAGAGCCUGUGGACCUUGCUUCACCUUCAGCGGGACCAUUUCCUCCCUGCCCCCAGAGGCCUCUUGUGACUCCUUGUGUCCAGUGGAACAGUUCGUUUCCCCCACAAUCCAGUUUUCCUCUGAAUUCUGCAGCUGUCUCUCUGAUGUGUGUGCCUUUUGUUCAACACAGUAACCCCUGUCCUCUUUCCAGCUCUUCUACUCUUCUUGUACAAAAGCCUUUUCCUUACUUUCAAUAAAUGUCAGAUGCUGUUUGAAAAGACAA